GGACCGUAUCUGAAAAAUCUAAUCGACGUCGUAUUCAGACAAAAAAAAAACACAGACACGAUCAUGGCGAUGCUCAUAGCUUCAAGGUUCAACAGUGAAGCUAAGAUCGCGUCUCGAUUCCUCUCAACACUCUUGGUAAACCAAAGAGUGAUAGCCUCAUCAUCCAUGGCAUCAACAUCUUCCUCUGCUCUCUUCCUUAACCCGUUGACUUCCUCUACUCUCCGUCACUUCAGAUCCUCGCCGCAAAUAUCUUCUCUCUCCUUCCCUACUUCCGACUUCCCUCUAGCGACGAACAGCCAGCAGAGUCGAAGCUAUGGAGAUGCCUCGAAGCGAGAUCCGUCUGCUGUGUGUGAGGCCGUUAAGCGUGAGACUGGAGCUGAUGGGCUCAACAUAGCUGAGAAUGUGUCUCAGCUCAUUGGGAAAACUCCUAUGGUGUAUUUGAAUAGUAUGGCAAAGGGUUGUUUAUCUAAAAUUGCUGCUAAGCUCGAGAUCAUGGAACCUUGUUGCAGUGUCAAGGAUAGGAUUGGGUACAGUAUGGUUACUGAUGCUGAGCAAAAAGGAUUCAUAACACCUGGAAAGAGUGUUCUUGUGGAACCUACGAGUGGGAACACCGGUAUUGGACUUGCGUUUAUCGCUGCUUCAAGAGGCUACAGACUUAUCUUGACAAUGCCUUCAUCCAUGAGUAUGGAAAGAAGGGUUCUUUUAAAGGCGUUUGGAGCUGAGCUUGUGUUAACUGAUCCUGCAAAAGGCAUGACUGGUGCAGUUCAGAAGGCUGAAGAAAUCUUGAAAUCAACUCCUGAUGCUUACAUGCUCCAACAGUUUGAUAACCCUGCCAACCCAAAGAUCCAUUAUGAGACUACUGGUCCUGAGAUAUGGGAAGAUACAAAGGGAAAGGUGGAUAUAUUUGUUGCGGGAAUUGGAACUGGUGGGACUAUUACUGGUGUUGGUCGAUUCAUUAAAGAGAAAAACCCCAAAGUGCAGGUUAUUGGUGUCGAACCUACCGAAAGCGACAUACUUUCUGGUGGCAAACCGGGACCUCACAAGAUUCAAGGAAUUGGAGCUGGAUUUAUACCUAAGAAUUUGGAUCAGGCAAUUAUGGAUGAAGUCAUAGCGAUUUCAAGUGAGGAAGCUAUAGAAACCGCAAAGCAACUAGCUCUACGGGAAGGCUUGAUGGUUGGAAUAUCAUCUGGAGCUGCUGCCGCUGCUGCAAUCAGGGUUGCAAAGAGACCUGAGAAUGCAGGGAAACUCAUUGCUGUUGUUUUCCCGAGCUUUGGAGAGCGAUAUCUAUCGACCCCUCUGUUCCAGUCUAUCCGAGAAGAGGUUGAGAAAAUGCAGCCUGAGUUAUGAACAAAAGCAAAAUCUCUUUCUUCUACUGUUAAGUUUGCAUCUUGAGUGCUAAGCCAUUCUUGCUUAUCAAUAAGCCAAAUAGUGCAACUUGUAUUGUUCAACAUUUCUACUGGAAAACCCCCUGAUGGGUAAUUAGUUAGAUACAGUUAAACAAUAUGAAUUAUCCCACUAUACAGUAUCUUUUUGUUACCAAUAAAUUGUAGCCGUUGGUGUGUAAUAUCUACGAUUAUAUAAAAUAA